UAAAAAGCAAUAUGUAUAUUCAAUUAAAGAUUUUUCCAAUGAAUCUCAUACAGCAAUUUUUACAGCUGAUGAAAUUGAAAAAGUUUUAUUAGAUAUUGGUGUUGAUAAAUUUGGAGCUGUAGUUUCUGAUGCUGCUUCUGCUAUGACACUUGCUAAGCAAUAUAUUUCAGAAAAAUAUCCAGGUAUUUUACCUAUUCGAUGUAUUGCACAUCAUAUUCAGUUAAUUUGCAAUGAUAUUAUUUGUAAAACUUCAUUUGGAAAAACUGUGUUGCAACAAUGUCAAUCUUUUGUGACUUACUUCCAUGCAUCUCAUCGAUCUGGAGCAAUUUUAUGUAAUGAAAUAUCUCUACUUAAUGUUGAAAUUUGUAUUAAGCAGAUUUUAGAGAAUGAUAAUUUUGCAUUAACAUCUGAAUUAAGAAAUCUUGCAAAAAAUCGACAAUUUUGGACAAAUGCAGAAGUUUUAGCAAAAAUAUUAUUACCUGGUAAGAAUGCUAUUAAAAUGGUUGAAUCUAAAUCUACAACUACUGCUAAUGUUUUUUUAUUUCUUAUUCAAAUGGCAAAUGCAAUUAAUAUAUUUGAACCAAAUAGUUUAUUACAGCAUAUAGAAUUUCGUAAACAAUGUAUUCAAUUUUAUAACAAGCGAUGGAAAGAAUUUGAUAUAAAAACUUAUCUUUUGGCAUAUUUUCUUCAUCCAAAAUAUCGAGGAAAGGGUAUGAAAACUUUAAUAUUUCAUGAAAUUUUAUGUACUGCUCUUGAAAUAUGGAAAAAAAUUGGUAGCAAAAGUGUAACAAGUGCAAAUAUAUUAAUAGCACAAAUUAAAAAAUAUAAUGCAUAUGAAGCACCAUAUAAAUUUACUUUUAUGGAAGAAAUUGAGUCACCACAAACUUGGUGGCUAGGAUGUAAACUAGAAAAUCAUCAUUUGCAAAAACUUGCUUUACAUUUAUUAGCAAUUACACCUUAUAGUGCAAAUUGUGAACGGAUAUUUUCUGUUUUAAGUUGGAUUACUCAAAAACGAAGAAGCAG